GAAAAACAGGAACCACGAUUAAGCUGGCCAGUGGCAGUUCCGUUUAUUUCAAGGCGUGGUUGUUAUACACAGGGACCGUAAGUCACCGGGAAGUUAAGGCUAUAAGUGAAAGUAGUUGCUUUUAAUCCAUACAAAACAGCGAAAAUGACUUCCGUUGACAUGCUGGCGGAAGCAUACUUGUCGCGCAUUGGGUUUACUGGCCCGGCUGAGCCGAGCCUGGAGGUGCUGCGGUCGCUUCAGACCCGUCACCUGCUCUCGGUGCCGUUUGAAAACCUGACUGUGCACAGCGGAGGGCGAGUUCAACUUGACCUUCCUCUUCUGUAUGACAAGAUAGUGAACCAUCGCCGAGGCGGUUUCUGCUUUGAGAAUAACGGUCUUUUCUCCUGGCUGCUGUCAAAACUGGGCUUUCGGGUGACUCUGCUCUCUGGUCAGGUAAAGAAUUCCAUCACGGGCCGCUACGGGCCACCCUUUGACCAUCUGGUCCUCAUGGUGACCAUUGAAGGCCAGCGCUGGCUAUGCGACGUCGGAUUCGGAGUCCCAUGCUUCAGUGACCCUCUUUCACUUGAGACCGGCGAGCCCCAGGAGCAGGGCCACCGAGUGUACCGCAUCACGAAGCAUAUGGGGAUGCAUUUUCUGGAGUGGCAGCAGGAGGAGAACAGAGGGGCAGAUGGAGACUGGACAGGUCUCUACAAGUUCACCCUUGAACCUCGGUGUCGGGAGGACUUUGCCGAAAUGUGCCAGUACCACCAGAGCUCCCCCUGCUCCAUCUUCUUCUGCAAGUCCCUCUGCACCGUUUUAAAAAAAAGUGGAAGGCUCACCUACAUGGGCCGAAGACUGUCCAGCACCACAUUUCCAACAAAGGGAACAGGGGAAGUGUUGCAAACCACAACCAGGGAACUUAAAGAUGAGGAGAUACCGGGAAUUCUAGCAGAGGAAUUUGGAGUUGUGUUAAAUUCUCCACUUAUACCAAAGGAUGAGACAAUCACACCACCCCCAGUCAUGUAUUGAUCAUGCUUCCACAUUGGAGAUCUUCACACCUCCAUAAGCUAAAUGAUGUGAAAUAUGUAUCUUCUCAUUGAGAUGACUGCAACAUGUCUUUAAUUCAUACAUGUGAUACAAGAUUUUCAAUUAAUUUUCAACUCCCAAAUCAACCUGCAUCAACCACAGUGCUUCGCUCAUCUUGAGAACAGAUGAAACAAACAAAACAAAGCCAUUUUCAGUUUGAUUUAAUAAAUUAAACAUACACUUUUAAGAUGUACAAUGGUCAUUACAUGAAUCCACUUCUUUAAGACAAAGUCUGCGUUCAAAGUAUUUACACAUGUACAAUUAUCAGGCAGCACUUUACAAAGCAAGGCAUGAAUGACAAUACAGAUGUUGAGCUUCAAAUCAACCUUCUCCCUCCGGCCUACUCCGUUUGCCUGAGGGGGAAUACUCAGCUGUCCCGUGAUUAUAAUACAUUUUCCCAUCCCACCUUCGAUGGGCAUGAAAGGGAAU